AUGCAGAAGUCACUUCUCCCCAUGAAUAUGUACAUGCAAAAGCCAUUUCUCCCCAUAAACAGCAUGAUCACCAUGCAGAGGCCAUUAUUUCUCCCCACAAACAUCUCCAUGCAGAGAAAUUUUCAUUUUUCUGGUCAGACUUCAAAUGGGAUGGCCAGAAAUAAUCAUUCCCCUCCAUAUCAUAUUAGUGCAGCAGAGGAUGAUGAGUACAUAGAUAUAGAAGUGAACUCUUUUUCUCCACAAAGCACAGACUUUGAGUUCCAUAUGACUUCUUCUUUCAAUGACAACAAAGAGCUCACUAUGCUCCCAGCAGAUGAUCUCUUCUACAAAGGGAAACUCCUCCCUCUUCUCCUCCCUCCGCGGCUUCAAACCGUCCAAAACCUCCUCAAAACCACCCCAAUAGGAGAUCACCACUCCAUUGUUGAGGAAGAUGAUGAUGAUGAUGAGUUCAUCAUUAUGGAAUUUGCAAGCUCUAAUCCUUGGGAAAACAGUACUAGUGGUACUCCAGUAGAGCCAUUCAGACUCAGCUUUUCACUCACCCCUGCUGAAAACUUUAAAAGGUCCACUUGUUUGAGCACUUCCAUUAUUAAGCAUCAAGAGAAGAAACAUUCUUGGCUCAUCAGUAAGCUCAGACUGUUUAAGAAAUCGUUGAUCGGUAACAGGGGAAAGGGUUCAAGGGUCUGUAGUCUCAGAUCAUUUUUCAGAAAGUCUGCCUGUAUAGAUGUUUCUUCUGCAAUGGCUCCGGACUACAAUCCAAUUAACAGGGUGGGGAUUAAGGAUAAAGUGGUGAUGAGGAGUUAUCACAGAAGGCCAUCACUCUCAUUCUCAUCUGCAGAAUUCAAAGGGCGUUCCUUUUCCUCUUCAUCUUCAUCUUUCUCCUCCUCCUCCUUCUCAUCCAUUUCCUUCAGUUCAAGGGAUUUUCAUGAUGAGCUAAACUUCCACAAGAGAAGCUGCAGUUUCACUUCAGACAUUGAUGGUCCCAUUGAGGCAGCAAUUGCUCACUGCAAAACCAUCCACAAUCGUCCAUGA